AUGUCACGCCCCGAACAGCACGGCCAGGAAUACGACCACCCGACCUUCGACGGAAGGAAUGGUGACCACCCGAUGGGCGGUGGUCACGACUUUGGGUUGCAUCUCCGGGAGUUCAUGCCGAGGGAGGGGGGAUCUGGGCGGGACUUCGGAGCACAGGAGUACGGCUCGUCGACGUUCUACCACUCUUCGUACUCCUCCACUUCGCCCCCGCCUUCCCAGGCGUUCUCCACCGAUCGUCGGCCGCUGGUAAACCACUCCAUGUCCGGCCCCGGUGGCUUCGUCGCGCCCCGCAUGCUCGGCUCGGGCCAGGGCCUCCCCGUCACAUCUGGAGCAGGUGCGAGCUGGAGUUCGAAGCCGUCCCCGUUCUCGGCCGUCCCUGGCGUCCCCAGAGACAUCCCCGGCACCCUCUCUUCACAAGCCUCACAGAGUCAGUCCGGGCUCUCGUCUGGCUUGAUCCUCAACCAGCACCAUCGCCCCUCUCCUCCGCGCGGUAUCCCCGACCUCUACCCCUCCCCGCUGGCCGCCCAGUCCCCGCCCUACACAGACCGCGAUCCCACAUUCUCCUUCAGCCGCGCCCUCCCCCAACAGUCGGCAAGCCCCCUUUCCGUGCACCCUCCACCGGCUUCGCAAGCUUCGUCUCUCCCUUCUCCCAACGCCUCAUCCCCUUUGCCGCGCAACACCCUUUGGUGGGGUGAUCUAGAGCCUUGGAUGGAUGAAGAGUACGCCAAGCAGGUCUGCAAGCUGUAUAGCUGGGAUCCUGUGACUAUCAAGGUCCCUCGCCCCACGCCCGACUCCCCGUCGCCGCAAGCCAACAACCCGGGCUACUGCUUCCUGACCUUCCCCACUCAAGCGCAAGCCGCCUCAGUCUUGGCCCAUGUCAACACCGCCAACCCGCCCUUGAUCAUGCCGAACUCUUCGAAGACGUUCUCGCUCAACUGGGCGUCGUCCGUCCCCGCGGCGCCUAUUCCCACAGGUAUCCCCAGCCAACCGAUCCUCGCCACCGGUGCUCAAGGACCAUUCUCCAAGGAGUACAGUAUCUUUGUCGGUGACCUCGCACCUGAGGUCUCGAACUCGGAUCUCGUCGCAGUCUUCCGGAACCCCGUUCUGGGCCUCCGUAACGACCGCGAGCCGCGCUUCAUUCGCCCCUUCGUCAGCUGCAAGAGCGCGAAGAUCAUGCUGGACCCCAAUACCGGCGUUUCGCGCGGAUAUGGGUUCGUCAGGUUCACGGAAGAAGCUGAUCAGCAGCGCGCGCUCAUCGAGAUGCACGGACUGUACUGUCUCUCACGGCCCAUGCGCAUCUCGCCUGCGACUGCCAAGCACAAGCUGCCGCCAGCCAUCUAUGAUUAUACGCAGACGCCAUUCACUCAGAUGCCGCAGAUGCCGCCUCAACUCCCGAUGCAGGACCUCGUCUCGCAGGGCACCUCAGUCACGAGCAGCUUAGGGGCUAACAGCGUCUCUGCCCACCUGGCCGGCAGCGCGUCGUCCGCUUCCACCAACUCCAUUGCGAGCGAGUCGAUGUCCAACUCGGGAUCUAUGUUGUCCUUGUCCGCCCCUUCCCUCAGUUCAGGGGCGAGUGCUGCGUCGUCGUCGACGUUGGCCUCCGCGCCCUCUGAUGAACCUCUCAAGUCCGGCCAGUAUGGCAAUGGCAAUGUCAAUGGAUCGACCACGCCUUCGAAUGCCGGCGGUGUGCCUUCCAUCGCGGCACAGCAAAGUCAACCUAGCGCCGACCAGCUCAGGCACUCGUACCACGAGGAGUCGUGGAAACAGACCGUCCAGGCGCGCGCUAUCUUGUCAAGCCUUGUCGGGCCGAACGGUGAACAGUUGACGUCGUCGGAUCCGUACAACACGACGGUGUUCGUGGGUGGGCUGUCGCCCCUCAUCUCCGAAGAUACCCUCCGGACCUUCUUUGCACCGUUCGGAGAGAUUCACUAUGUCAAGGUCCCCGUUGGCAAGCACUGCGGUUUUGUGCAGUUCGUGCGCAAGCCCGACGCCGAACGCGCGAUCGAGAAGAUGCAAGGUUUCCCCAUUGGUGGCAGCAAGAUCCGUCUCAGCUGGGGCCGCAGUCAAUACAAAGCGGCUCAGGCGGCUGCUCAGGCUGCUCAGGCGGCAGCUUUUCAGGCGCACCUCCAGACGUCGAUCGUCCAGAACCAGCUCCCGCCGCAGUCAAGCACCCCAUCUAGGCAGCCGGAUGAACUGGGGUUGACACGUGAACAGGCUUUGCACCUGCUCGAGAUGGUAGGAUUCCAGAACUUGCGAAGUGACGGGCAUGCCGCUAUGGAGCAGCUUAAUAACGAGCGUCAGCUCGCGGCUGCUCUCCUCAACAACGUCGACGACCGCGUCGCCACCUACAAUGCGUUCCAGACACCUAUCUUCAGCCGCCAGACGGGCAAUACAUCGGCGACGUCCUCGAGCUUUGCGCCAUUCUCCCCGGACCCCGCUGUGCAUCCGAACGGAAGUUCCAACUCGCAAGGACAUACCCCGAAGGGCUACUCUCCGUGGUACACCAGCGAUGAUGCCACUUCCAGUGGUAAGGUGUCGCCCACGUCGGGCUCGCGCUCAACGAGCGUUGCCCAAAGGUUCUCGCUCUUGGGCGAGCUGCCUACCGGUAGCACGAUGCCUGUUCGUACAUCGAGCCGCCAGGAAGCCCCGAUCGCUCGCCCCGAGCCCGUUCGCCGCGGUUCCCAGGUCGAGGUCCUCGCCGUCUCUGCCCAGGAGGACGCCAUCCGGGAUGUGAACGGCACGCUCGCCAGCUUGUCCCUCGACGACCACGAGACCGGAACGGCGUCGGCUUAA